AAAACCAAUAUUCAAAAUCUUUUCAUUUCUAUUUCUCUUGAGACCCCAUGGCUUCCUUCUUGAAUGUUCUAAAAGAGGUUAUGUGUAUCUUACAUGAAUCUGGCAAACUCUUUCUCAAGAACAAGAAGCUGAUGUUCUCUGUCUUGGUAAUCCCUCUGUUUCUAAAUGGUUUAGUUUACUUGUUCAACGUCUUUGCCAUCAAACCCGAGAUAACAAACUUGAUUCAAGAAUCAAGUCUGAUACCUAUGAUGGAUCCAAGCACCCCAGAAUACUUAGCCCAUCUUAUGAAAGUCUUUCAAGAUUUUCAACAAUUUGUGGUGUCUUCAUACAUAUUUUCCGCAGUCUCCUCCAUCAUCAACCUUUUAUCUGUUCUAGUCAUCGUCCAUGCUUCAGCUCUUACUCAUAAAGAAGAGAAUGUGAAGAUCAAAGACUUCCCUGCUCUGACCCUUAAAUCUUGGAAGGGACCUCUUGUGACCAGUUUCUACAUCGUUCUCUUCAGUCUUGGCUAUUGGUUUCUCUUCGUCAUAGUUCUUUUUCCUCUUCUUUUGUUAUCUACAAAAUUCGAUUACUUGGCAGCCAAGUCUGGGGCUUUGUUUGUUCUGUUCUCAGUGUUUGAGUCCUAUUUAGCUAUCGUUUGGUAUCUAUCUUUGGUCAUAUCGAUACUUGAGGAAACUUAUGGGAUCCAAGCUUUGGGGAAAGCUGCAAAGAUCGUUAAAGGGAUGAAACCGAAACUAUUUCUCUUGAAUCUUUUCUUCGGUUUAGUGUCCUUCGGUUUAGUUCAGAUAGUGAGGCGGGUGGAUUUGAACCGUUCAUUUGCAGUUAUCUUAACCACCGGUUUGGUUGUUGUGAGUUCUAUCGCUGCAGUGAGGAUGUUUCAGAUUGUGAGUUACACCAUUACCUAUUUCCAAUGUAAGGGACUCCAAGGCAAAGACGUUGAGUCGCUGAGGGAUGUUGAAUAUACGAAACUAUCCUCUACUACGCUCAUAGGAGCAUUGCCUUGAAGUAUUUGAAGAGAU